AUGCGAAUAACAGGUAAGGAGGAGAACGAACUAGCAUACGUCCGAGGGGACGGAACACGAACAUACUACUUCAGUAGAGACGAGUUGGUCACGCUGAUGGAGGCUGCGGGUAUGGAUACGCUCGAAGUCAAGUAUGACAAGCGAUUGAUCGUCAAUAGGAAAACUGAGCAGAAAAUGUACCGCAAUUGGGUGCAGGCCCGGUUUAGAAG